CCACGUAAAAAAAACCAGUCUCACGAGCCCCCGCGAUGAGAAAACCGAGCAAAAAGAAAACCCAGGAUAUGCGCGUCCAGUCUGAUCCCGAUAGGAUCCCCCGCCUCCGCCGCCGCCCUUUCCUCGCAUCCGCCGCUGCCGCCGCCAUUUCCCAUCUCAGCAGCCGCUGACCUCCAGCACCUCCCGUGCUUCGCCGCUCUCCGCUACCCGAGCGCGCCGCCCUGCGAGCCCAACACCGCCAGGCCUCCCCGCGCUGAAACUCCAGUGCUGCAGAGCCCGACGCCGUCCUCGGUGUUGCCCCCCCCCCCCCCCACCCCACCCCACCGACGGAUGGACGGACCCACCCCCCGCCGCGUCCUGCGAGGCUGAUGCGCCGGCCUGCGUUGCCCUCGCGCGUCACCCAGCCAGCCAGCCCGCCCUAGGGGACUGACGGCGGCUGCCGCGUGCCGUCACGGGGCUCCUUCUUCCUCCUCGCGUGGCUGCCCAUGGCGUCGUCCCUCCCAUGGCGUCCUCUCCGUAUCCCCUUCCCAUGGCUCCGUAUCCCCUUCCCAUGGCUCUCAUCCCUCUCUCUGAUGUGGUUCCUCUCCUUGCUCUUGAACCCUAGAACAACAACAUGGUAUCGAAUCUAAUCGUUCCUCUCCUGCGGGUUAAUUGGAUUUCAAAAUAGCACGUUGCAGCAAUCAAGGCUGGAAAAGGGGAUGUGCUUCCUCAAGUUUACUGCAAAGGUUCCAGUUUGUAACAAAAACCCCUAUUUCCAGGUGUUUCGCUAGGUUGGAGCAGGUGUCAAAUAUGAAUUAUUGUUUUUGUAAUAUGUGUUCAUAUUAGCUGAGGAUUGCUAUAAGAGUUAUUGUCAAACAUCCCGGUGAGUGCUUAAAACUCCUAAUUUCAUAUCAAUUUUAUAUUCUCAAUAGUCAAUAGAACUGUUGUUUACUACUGUACAAUUUUCUGUUUACCAAUACCAGCUAGAUGUUUACAAUUUUCUGUUUAGGGACACUCGAACAUUUAGCUGAUUAAUGAGGUUUUUGUGAGACCAGCUAGAUGUACAAACUAUUUUGAUGCUAAACGAAUCGGGAAAGAAUUCUUUUGUACUUGCCACUGGCCAAAUGCAAAGUUGCCCAAAUUUGUAUCAGGCAAUGACGAAGGGUCACAUAUAUGGUAAGAGUCACAUAUAUUGUGCACCUAUCUCUUCAUAUUUCUUUGCAGUUAUCCGUAAGUAUUGUCAUGUUGCAAAAAAGGUUUUCAUAAGGUCUCUUGUCUAAAUUUAUGCACAAAUUUACUGAAACCCUGGCAAUCUUUCUUAUCUCGAACAGUUUAGUGAUAUAAUUCCAUCAACAGAAGCAGUUCCGCACAAUGAAGAGCACUAGAGUUGUCUUCAGCCUGUAGUUGAUUGUGUGCAUGCUUGUGCUAGACCAAUGCAACGGUACAAGACAUGCAUAUUGCUCUGAUAACUGCCAUGCCAUCAGUUUUAUGUUGAAGUUUCGACUUAGCAUAAGUUUCACCUUUUCAAUGGUUCAUCAACUUGGGCAAGCAAGCUGGGGUUGGCAUUCUAGAUUUGAAUAAUGUUACAUUAUUAUCAUCCCAACUGACAUUUAUUUGCUUCCCACUUGUACAGCUAUUCCUAGAAUUUAAUUUAGGUUCAAAAGAGGUGCAUAAAUAGUGUCCAUAUAGGAAUUGUUCUUAUCGAAAAGAUGGUGAAGAACAGAAUUCGUUGCAAGUAUAAUAAUUUCUUUCUUGUUUUCUCUAUUCAAAUACCGUUUUUCCGUAACAACGCACCGAUUAAAGAUCUGCCCAUGGCAACAGCUAGGGAAAGAUGAUGACGAGCUCCUCGAACCUGAUGUAGAUGCGGCCCACCUGGAUGCCAACCGGCACGACGAACGCUCGAUAGAACCCCUGCACGCCACUCGGUUUCUUUGAGACAAAUGGUACUCAACUCAAAAUACAAUGGUGGCAGAACAGGUACUCCUUGAGUCCUUGAUAUCUACUAUGAGCAGCCAAAAUUACUGAUCUGAAUGUGUACUUCACUCAAUCAUGUCGCUGGCAGUAAAAUUGAUUCAUGCAGUAGAUCCUAUACAGCAGCCGCUUUUGUGCUACACCAAGUAAUUUCAUAGUGCUAGCACAUAGAAGCUUCUCUAGAUAGCACUGGGGCUGAUUCAGUUAUAUAGGUAAAGAAAAUAAAAGGUUAUAAUGCAUUACAGGAGCAGCAGGGCAAGAGGAAUAAGCCUUUCUUUUUAUUGGGUUGAUAUUUAUGCAUUCAUAAAUUGUUUCUUCAGAAUUUUAAUCCAGAUGUGAAGUGGCAAGGAUGCAUUAUCUAGAAUGAGUCUAAUCAUGAAUAGACAAGUCAAUUAAAUCCAUCUUGGUGAUUAAGUUUAUGAAUCAAAAUUAUCUACUACUGCAGAAAGGAAGAAAACAAGUCACAGUUAUUCUCUCAGUUGUGUUCAUAUCCAGUGUGGGUUUGCUCUGCAUUUUCAUACUUGGAGCAAAUAGGGCAAGCUAUAAAUCCUUUUGGUAGACUAUUACAUCCUAUCUACUACCUGAAUUGAAGCUAUAAAUAACUUUGCUACCUGUUAGCAGCAGCAUGGUUGUCUUUAUCUACACUGCCGGUAAAAUUGUAUGCUUAUUGCGAUCCUCAAUUAACAAAAAGUGGAAAUGAACAAAUAAUUUCUGUAUACUUGCGACUGUACCAGGGACAGAAAAGUUUGUUCAUUUGCUUGAUAUUGUACUUUUUAUUGCAUAUAUAGUUUUGCAUGAAGCAGGUAAAUGAAAUUUUCAGUGUUAUGGGGAUGCAUGAAACCAUGUGCCAACUUUGUUCUCAGGUAAUAGGGGAGGGAAUAAAGCUGCCGCUGCUCACACAGCACACCAAUUUGUUGAAUGUGCAAGCGAAGAUACUAUUGUCAUACUACAUGUCUGCAUACAUAGUACAUAGGUAUAGUAUAUGGAUGAAUGUACUCUCUGCUGCUCCCCCGAUGGCUGGCUCAACCUCAAUGUAUGCAAAUUAAUCUGCUUAUUUUACUCAAUCAAUUAAAGGAUUCUGUCUUGAUGUACUGAUGCACACGCACACAAUAAAAAGCAACAUUAUAUAUGCCAAACUUGUCAUAGGUGCUAGAGUAGUUGUCAAUACAAACUAAAGCCAAUUAUCAACUUGGCCAAUUUGAAGUUCAUUAAGUAAUUAGUACUGCUGUUGAACUGUCAGAGUAUAGUAGCUCAGAAAUGUCGAUCAAUCCCCAACCUUGAUGUUUAAUAUUAUUGUUGCCUGAGAUGGUUCUGUUCUCACAUCUUGCAUUGCAGUUAGCAUCUCGGUCACCAAGGAGGGUGUGAAGUUCUCCACUUCUGGAGACAUUUGAACUGCAAACAUUUUCUGUAGGCAGAACAAGACGGUUGAUAUCUCUGUUACGGCCACUAAUUGGUACCAUGAAGCUUUACACAUCCUUCAAGAAGGGUGGCAAGUGGCAACGCGCUCAAGACGGCGCAGGGUGGCUUCGAUCUCAGCAAGAUCAUCGACAUCAUCGUCUCCUGUGGGUACACGUAGCCAAAACUGGAAAACAAGGAAUUCUCAGGCGAAUGCUUGUUGACGCACAUGGCAAGUGAAGUAUUUCCCUGCUACCAUCAAAGCUAUAGCUGGAUGAUCCUCGGCAUUACUGGUUCAACUCAGAGCUUUUUUUCAGCCCGGUUUGCAUUGCCUUGUAUGGUGUAGGGGAUCUUUUGUUGUUUUAGAUUACUCUUUUCUUUUUUAGUUUGUACUCAUAUACACAACAUGGUUUCUCAAUUUCUUUAAUACAAAUAGGAAGCGCUCUGCAUGUAACCACAUUCAUUUCCCAAAAGGAAUUUCUCAUGUUGCAAAUUAUGAAAUGGAUAUUUGUAAGCCAUGGGCGGCUGUCUUGAUCUGACGUGUUUAAUUUACAUAAUUUCCUUGUGCAUUUAGUACUUGUUUCGGUACUUGAGCAUGCAUACUUAGUGAUAUUUACUCUUUUUCUCGGAUACUUAGUGAUAUUUACAAUUGUAAGAAGAGGGUCCAUGGCCAAGUUCUUCGUUAAUCUUGAUGUGCAUUGUAUUAUUGGUCCAUUAUAGUAUUUGGUUUCCUCUCAUAUUGUCAAAGUUAGUGAUUAUAUGACUUGGAUCAUGUACAUGUACAUAAGCAGCGGUGCCUUGUUAUCCGAUGACCAUGACCGUCGAUUUUUUAUGUUUUCCAUUCUUGUUGAGCUAUAAAAUGUUCAUCUUGCUGUUGCAACGCACAGGCACUUAGAUAGUCUGUUUAAAGGCCGUCUGCUACCCCCCUGCUGCAGGACGCAGGGCACACUCUAGGAUCGUCGUGUGUUAGCGUCUGCUGUUACCUGAUCCAGUCCCUCUCUCCUGUACGACCGGCGUAGGCUGGAGGCCGGACCGUCGAGAUGCCGGUGGCCGGCGUCUACCGUUCAUUUUGAUACAGGUGUUUAAUCGCUGUUCAUUGUCUUUGCCUCUCGGCAGCAGCUGUGUUGGGGUUUUUUUCUUUCUUUCUGAAAGAUCCUGCAAGGCUGGCUUUUCAUAUAUUAGCAGGUGGUACUUUGUAGCACGAUCGAUCUUUGCACAUGCAUGCGCUUCUCUGACUCGACUAACCUUUUCCUUAGGCAGCCUCUUAUUGGCAGAUCAAGCGUGAUGCCUUUGUGGCACGGUCAAGUCUUGGAUGGCCCCUUGUUCCAAACUUAGCUUUUAGGGUGUUCCAAGCAAAUCAAACCGAUACUGAACAUCUCUAUGCGGAUAUGCCUGAGAUUUUCCCGUAGAGGCAAAAAAACAAAGUCUGAUGGCGGCCGGUAAUAUUGGAAUUGGUGGUAUCGUACGUGCGGGCUCGCCCUUUCGAUCUUGUUCCUGGAAACCUUUUUUUUGGCAAGAUCGCCGUGUUCCAAGGCGGCGAUGAGAUCAUACGAAACGGGCAACACGUACGUAAGAAAAAGUCACACCAUAUCUUUCUUCCGAUCCCGCGGGGAGAUGAGAUCAGGUCCACCGCGUCCAAAACAGAAAGAAACGCACGCAACAAACCAACAACCCGAACCCACAGAGGCCAAACGGAGGAAAAAAAAAUAUCUCUCCAGACUGCAGUAACGACGAGUAUCAGCGCCGGGGGGAGCUGUACCAGGGCUGUGCAAGGCUGAGAAUAUACGGUUCUGUUUCUUCAUCUUCUCUCUGGCAAGGUGAUUGAGUUUAUAGGGCGCCUUUGUCAGGGUGGUGGCCAUGGCGUUUGCUUUCCCCUGCUGCGCGUAUAUAAGCCGGCGAAAGUGUAGGCAGAGGAAUUACUCGCUGCUCUCGGGCGUCAGGAAGAUCUAGCCGUGUCGUACUGCGUCUGUCUGCACUCUGCAGAUAAUCCUUCGGAUCCCAGUGCAGGGCAGGGCAGGGCGUGGUGACUCCUGAGAGGCCCAGAGGUACAGACCCACCAUUGUAGAUAAACCCUUUGCGGCGACCAGCAGUCAGUUGCACACGAAGGCCGGCGAGAUGUCAAUCGAAAUGGAGGCCCCGGAUGGGCUGGUGCGCCGGGACUCGCUCUACGGCGAAGCCGAGAAGGUUUCCGUGGACAAGCACCACGGCUCCGGGGCAAGCUGGAGCCAGACGCUGCACCUCGCGUUCCAGAGCAUCGGCGUUGUGUACGGCGACGUCGGGACGUCGCCGCUGUACGUGUACUCGAGCACGUUCCCGGACGGCAUCAAGCACCAGGACGACCUCCUCGGCGUCCUCUCGCUCAUCCUCUACACCCUCAUCCUGCUGCCCAUGCUCAAGUACGUCUUCAUCGUCCUCUACGCCAACGACAACGGCGACGGAGGAACGUUCGCGCUCUACUCGCUGAUAUCGCGGUACGCCAAGAUACGGAUGAUCCCGAACCAGCAGGCGGAGGACGCGGCGGUGUCCAACUACAGCAUCGAGGAGCCCAACUCGCAGAUGCUGAGGGCGCAGUGGGUGAAGCAGAAGCUCGAGUCCAGCAGCUCCGCCAAGAUUGCGCUCUUCACCGUCACCAUCCUCGGCACCGCCAUGGUCAUGGGCGACGGGACCCUCACGCCUGCAAUCUCUGUGCUGUCCGCGGUGAGCGGGAUCCGGGAGAAAGCGCCCCACUUGACGCAAUCGCAAGUGGUGUGGAUCUCGGUGGGCAUCCUGUUCCUGCUCUUCUCGGUGCAGCGCUUCGGGACGGACAAGGUCGGCUACUCCUUCGCGCCCAUCAUCUCGGUGUGGUUCGUCCUCAUCGCCGCCAUCGGGGUGUACAACCUCGCCGCGCACGACUACACAGUCCUCAGGGCCUUGAACCCCAAGUACAUCGUCGACUACUUCGAAAGGAACGGCAAGGAGGCCUGGGUCUCGCUGGGGGGAGUCGUCCUCUGCAUCACCGGCACGGAGGCCAUGUUUGCCGACCUUGGCCAUUUCAACAUCAGGGCCAUUCAGCUGAGCUUCACCUGCAUCCUGUUCCCCUCCGUCGCGCUCUGCUACAUGGGUCAGGCAUCCUACCUCCGCAAAUUCCCGGACAACGUCGGCGACACCUUCUACAAAUCCAUCCCAGCGGCGAUGUUCUGGCCGACGUUCAUCGUGGCCAUCUUGGCGGCCAUCAUCGCGAGCCAGGCCAUGCUGUCGGGCGCGUUCGCCAUCCUGUCCAAGGCGCUGUCCCUGGGUUGCUUCCCGAGGGUGGAGGUGGUGCACACGUCCAACAAGUACGCGGGGCAGGUGUACAUCCCGGAGAUCAACUUCCUGAUCGGCGCCGCCAGCAUCGUGGUCACCAUCGCCUUCCAGACCACCACAAACAUCGGCAACGCCUACGGGAUCUGCGUGGUCACCGUCUUCUCCAUCACCACGCACCUCAUGACCGUCGUCAUGCUGCUCAUCUGGAAGAAGCACAUGGCCUUCAUCGCGGCCUUCUACGUGGUCUUCGGCCUCGCCGAGUUCCUCUACCUGUCCUCCAUCCUCGCCAAGUUCGUGGAGGGCGGGUACCUGCCCUUCUGCUUCUCGCUCGUGCUCAUGGCGCUCAUGGCCACCUGGCACUACGUCAGGGUCAAGCACUACUGGUACGAGCUGGACCGGGUCGUCCCGGCGACCCAGCUCACGGAGCUCCUGGGCCGCCGCGACGUCGGGAGGGUGCCCGGCGUGGGCCUGCUCUACUCGGACCUCGUCCAGGGCAUCCCGCCCGUGUUCCCGCGCCUCGUCGACAAGAUCCCCUCCGUGCACGCGGUCUUCGUCUUCAUGUCCGUGAAGAACCUCCCCAUCCCGCGGGUGCCGCCGCCGGAGCGCUUCAUCUUCCGACGCGUCGGCCCCGCCGAGCACCGCAUGUUCCGCUGCGUGGCACGGUACGGAUACACGGACCAGAUCGAGGGCACCAAGGAGUUCUCCGCCUUUCUACUCGAACGACUCAAGAUGUUCGUCCAGGAGGAGGCCGCUUUCUCCUGCCACGGCGACGGAGACGACGAUGACAACGCGCGGCGCUGGGAAGCGCAGGCGGCGGCGGAGGAGGAGAAGCGGUUCAUCGACGCGGAGGCGGAGCGCGGGGUGGUGUACCUGAUGGGCGAGGCCAACGUGGCCGCGGCACCAGGGUCAUCGUUGAUGAAGAAGAUCGUGGUCAACUACGUUUACACCUUCCUGAGCAAGAACCUCAGGGAGAGCCACAAGGCGCUCUCCAUCCCCAAGGACCAGCUGCUCAAGAUCGGGAUCACAUAUGAGAUAUAGAGUUCUUCGUUUCUCCCUCGUUGUAGUAUUUACUCAGUGUUUUUUUUUUCAAAACAAAAUCGACAACAGAAAAGAAGGGAGCACCUAUGGCUCAGUCGACUGAGAAAAACUUGUUUCUCACUCGACGAGUACCAGUACGCGGAGUUUUGUCUUUCCUUCGUUGGUAGUUAUUUGUUUGGGUUUUGAUUACGUGACAUUGAAUGUUCCCAGCUUCUGCUUAGUAGUCUCAAUUUAGUCCCCGUCGGACCUGCUAGUCAA